GCGUAGUUUUGGAAGCAAGAACCAUGGCAUCAUCGACCAAUUGGUCUUAGCGCAAUUGCCCUGCGUGUGGGGUACUGUUUACUUCGCAUCAAGCUCCCGAACUAGGACCGCGUUUCAAGAUCCCAAGAGGCGUCACAGUACCGGUCGGCGAGACUGCAAUUGCUCGACCGUGCCACCGGAUUCACAAGGAAAUACAUCCACCACCGUGCCAACAUGGCGUCCACAACACCCACAACAACGCCCUCUUACCGGCGCACACGCAGCAAAUCACCACGAUCACGUCCGACCACGCCCCUCCGCCCGUCUUCCCGCUCUUCGUUACGCGACUCAUCCCAACGCGGUCGCGCUGCUUCGGCAUCUGGCAACGCGCUUGAAGGCUUACAAGACGGUUUCGCUGAGUUGAGCGACGCCAUGGCAGAUCUUGAGCAAAACUUCUUGCAGUUGCAACUUAUGCACGAGAGCCUGGCACGAUUCUCAGAAAGUUUUGCGGGGUUUCUGUAUGGAAUGAACAUGAACGCUUUUUGCGUAGACUUCCCCGAGGCUCCUGUUCCAGAAUCUUUCAAGCGCCCACAAAACCAACCUGACCAAGGUGCCGCAAACCUGAAUCGCUCUCAAGGCCCAGAAGAUAUGGAAGCAACGUUCCUGACGACCGAUACUUCAUUCGUCGACAACCCACCGAGUAGCAAAAUCCACUCCAAAUUCCAGAACCCACAAACGCCAGCACCUGCUACGAGAACAAGUGGCGUACCUAGAGGAAGAGGGGGAAUACCACGAGCAGGUGGACGGGGUGGUAUACCUACACGCGGCGGUGCACCUAGAGGAACCAGGGGCGGUACAGGCAUAGCAAGAGGAGUCGCUGGACGGGGUCGCGCGGCACGUUGAUGACACUGAACUAAAUGAUUUCUCGAUGAGUACAGUCUUCAUGAAAAUGAGGAGGCUCGUUCUAUGUAUGUUCUAUUACCCCACAUCGUGUAGGGGCUACAUGGCUACACUGCUAAACGUGGUGUAACCUAGUAUUAACUUCCAGAGUCGUCAUCCGUCCGUUACCUUCGCAAUCCCUUCGUCCUACUAAGCUCUGUAAUCCAAGAUGACCUUCAUUACCGCCAGUGCAGAACAAAAAAGGGCAUUAGGUGCAACUAUCCAGACUGUUGUCUUCCUUAGGAAAGGGGUAUACUGCGACCAAACCCAUUAA